AUGGAAAGCCAUGGAAGUUUAACAAAUCAUACUUCAGCUUGGGGUUUGGCAAAUUCUAUCACCAUUCAAAUGACUCUGAGAGCUGCAAUAGAGCUCAAUGUCUUUAACAUCAUCGCCAAAUCAGGUCGGGGAACUGAUCUUACAUCAAAAGAAAUUGUUUCACAAAUCCCCAACACAAAUCCAACUUUAGCAGUGCUGAAUGAAGAUGGAGUUUCUUUUGCCCCAAAUAUAUUGUGGGGCUCCAAAUUGUUCGUUGUGAAGAGCUUGUUCCAGCUCAAGUACACGGUGCUUGAACCGGAGAGUUCUCCCUUUGUCAAAGCCAACGGAGAGACCAUUUUUGAAUUCAUGUCUAGCAAGCCUGAGGUGUUUGAGGUUUACAAAGGUUUUGAAGAGGUGAAGGAGUUGAUGGAUGUAGGAGGUGGUGAUGGAUCUGCAAUUGCCAAGAUAUGGGUACUCCAUAAUUGGGAUGAUGAACACUGUAAGAAGAUAUUGAAAAACUGUUGGGAGGCAAUACCAGAUGAUGGGAAGGUAAUAGUUGUCGAGUAUUUUGUAGUACCUGAAAUAGUUGAGAAUGCAACAGAAAUGAAUAAGAGCGUGUUCUACCUCGACAUAUUCAUGAUGACCACAAGUCCCGGUGGUAAGGAGCGAACGAUCGCUGAAUUUGAGUAUCUAGCCAAAUCAGUAGGUUUUGUUGAAACAAAGAUCUUCCCACUUCCUCAUGGGAGCUAUGUUAAUGAGUUUCUUAAGAGUUGA